AUGACCACAACUCCCGACAAUCGCCGCAGCCGGCCUACCUCAGCUCCCUCAAACGACUCUCCUUCUCCAACCAUGGUUCGAUCAUCAUCAGCAGACCAGGCCAAGGUAUCCAAGCGCAAGGGUACCCGCAGUGUCUCGACCCUGACACCAGCACAGCUCGCACGGAAGCGCGCCAACGAUAGAGAAGCACAGCGAGCUAUUCGUGCUCGCACCAAGGAGCACAUUGAGCGUCUAGAGUCUGAGCUCGAAGAACUUCGAAGCCAGCAAAGUCGUGACAAGACCCUCCAGGAAUUGCUCCGCAGGAACAAGGCUCUUGAAGAGGAGCUUCGCCGCCUUCGAGAGACCAUGGGUGUCUCUCUAACCUCCUCGCCUUAUUCAACUCCUGUCUACGAUGACAACCUGAGCACUGCAAGCGGCCCCAUCACCAGCCCUCGCACAUCUCCCUUUCCUACCAGCGACUUUGGCUCGAGCGGUCAAUUACCAGAGUACGCCCCAGGAUACGUGCCCUUUCCCAACAACACAGAGAGCUGGGCAUCCGGCGUAACCAACUCUGUGCCUUCAACCGUCUCCAGCCCUGCCUCGUCAGGAACACCUGACGAGUACGUCACACCCUAUCUCCCAACCAGCGCGCCCGCGGGCCUCAUCUCACCCACUGGAAACGGCCACCGAGGAGGCCAAGAGAUCAAGAUGGAGUACGAGGAUGGCAAUGACCAUGGAUUCCAUCUUGGUAGCCGCAGCGCCACUGGAACCCCGCCUAUUCCUACUCUAGGCCCCUCAGCAUUCAUCCACCCUCACCAACAAGCUGCCUCAUGGAACAACAUGUACGCAAUGUACUACAACCCAGUACAGUCUCCGGUCCACUGA